AUGUAUGCUGAUCGAGUGGAAGCUUCGGAGAAGAUGUCUGUGAAGGAGCGUCUCAAUGGCAAUUCCGUCGGUGACUCUUCCCGCCGGAGACAAGUAACUGGCAAAAGGCAAAGGCAAGAUGACAAGUGGGAACAUGACCUCUUUGAUAAUGACGAACCACGCACUUCGAAUCACAGAAUAGAUGCACGGGAUCUUCGACUAAAGCUCCAAAAGAAAAGCCAAGCACCUCAAACUGGAAGAGGAGGCAUUCGGGAUUUGAGAGAGAAACUGUCUGGGAUAAUGAAUCCACAACUGGUGAAUUCUGAUCCACCAAAACCAAAACAAGCGGCUACUAAACCAGCUAGGAGAAGUGCUGCUGCUGAAGUUCCUGAACUUGAGAUUAAGAAAGUUGCCAGUGUUGCUACCAAAAAGAAGUCUCAGCAAAAGAAAGAUACAUCAGUGGACAGCUUUUUGGAGUCAUUGGGUCUUGAAAAAUACCAAAUCACUUUUCAGGCCGAGGAAGUUGACAUGACCGCUCUUGUACACAUGAAUGACGAUGAUCUUAAGGCUUUGGGCAUUCCAAUGGGUCCAAGAAAGAAAAUACUUCUGGCAUUGGAAUCAAGAGGCUGA